AUGAGUUUCAUAAGUAAAGAUGCAGAAAUACCAGAAAGAAAUACAAAAGAAUUCGAGCAGUGGAUUAAAGUAGACAGCAUGGUUACCUCAUGGAUCUUGAAUUCUAUUUCAAGAGAUAUAGUGGAGAGCUUCAUGUACACAAAAACAUCAAAAGAACUAUGGACUGAACUUGAAAACAGAUACGGACAAAGCAAUGGUCCAAUGGAGUAUAGGCUAAAGAGGGAACUUGCAUCACUGUCACAAGCAAGGGAAAAUGCAGAUAUCAAGAGCUCAGAUCAACUUAUGCAGUUCCUAAUGGGGCUGAAGGACUCCUACGACCACGUGAGGAGUCAAAUUCUUAUGAUGGAGCCCUAUCCUAAUGUGAGCAAAGCCUUUUCCAUGGUACUUAGAAUUGAAAAACAGAAAGAAGUAAAUUAA